AUGAGCUUGUUAAACAGAAUAUUACCCAUGUGCAAAGCUUAUGCAUAUAUGGAACCUAUGAUCAUCAAUGGUACUAUUGACCAUUUAAAAUAUGGAGCGACAGGUGAACUGUUAUGUCAAAAUAUCAGAAAUGAAUGGUUAUAUAGCAAUGUGACUAGUAGAGAUGAAAGUGUAUUUCAAUUUUGUAACGUCGGGGAAAAAUACUUCAACGAUAUUUUAAGUCUUAAAGAUCCAAUUAUGAAUGCUAAACAGUUUUCCAAUAACCAACUACCAUUCAGUUUUGCUGAUUCUAGAAGUCUCUGUGAACAACCAGAUUUAAUGGAUUCUGGAGUCGGAGAUAGAAAAUGUUUUAGCCCUAAGAACUUUACAAGGUUUAAGUAUUUUGCAUUUUGUAUACCAGAAGAAAGUCAACAAUUUUUCUAUCACUGGCAAAGGCAACGCAAAAUUUGGUGGAGAAAAUUCUCGGCCAAUCCUGGUAGAUUUUCAUUGACGGAAAUAUCGAUUGAUGAUAAUGGGCAAGAGAGCACGGAAAUCCGUGCUGAAUUUGAAUGGGGCCAGGAGACAAUUGAAACCAUACGUAACGUAAACACUAAAAUGUUUGACAGUCUAGAGCCAGCAGAACAAGAAAUGUUUUUUUCAAGGGUAGGAAAAAGAAAAGUCUUGCCUCACGUGGUGGAAAGUGAAACUAGUCUCGAGAAAGCGUGUAUGGUGUUUCUGUGUGAUGGAUAUACAGAAUUACCUUAUCAUAAUGAUCGCAGGGAAGUGUUCCGGUUCCAUCGCAAAUUGGCUCCAUAUAAAAUAACAUUCGCGGCUCCACUAUUAAAUGCCAAAAGAGCUGACGAACUGAGGCAACUUUCCAUAUACUUGGGACUAAAUUUAAAAAAAUCUGGGAUAUCAACAUUAAUAACUCCACACCUGGCAAAAAAAUCUCUCGAAUCACAGUUCACAGAUUCAGACUGUCUUGGCAUACCUUAUAUAGCUGUACUCAACGAGUCUACUUUAGAUGAUGGUAUUUUAGGACUUCGUAGUAUUGAAACUACUCUUGAGGAAAAAAUCCACGUGGCCAAUUUGACUUCUUACGUUGAACUUCUCAUAAAGAAUUACUGA